ACCGAUUUACUUAGGCAGAACUGACGUCUAUAUUUCAUAGAUAUGUACUAUUGUUUAUCAGUCCGCCUUCUCGCCUAAGAGAAAAUUUUAUUUUUGUUCACAAUGGAUCCCGUCUCGUCGAAACGGAGAGCUAAAUCGGGAGCUUUCCCCGGAAAGUUUAAAAGCUUCGUUAAUGAUGUAAAGAAGCUCAGGGUUCAUCGCCAUGAAAGGAAAGGGAGUCGAGAGGUUUUAGAGGUGGAGUCCUCUCCCGCGCUUGUCUCCCAACCCUUCCAGACCAUCCAGAACGUACAAAGCGUCCAGACCAUCGAGAUCCCUGAAGUUUCCGUCCCCAUCUCCAUCCCCAUCCCUGACCCCGACCCCGACCCCGAGGUUACUGUCCCCGAGAUCAAUAUCCCUGACGUCGAGGAUCCUGAAGUUGAUGAUCCCGAAGUUGAUGAUCCUGAACCCAACAUUAUCAAGAUCGACGCUCCCGAGCCGAGAACAUUAUCCUCGUCGCAAAGUUCUCUUCCUGUAGCAAGCCUUGCCGUACAGGUCACAAUCACGUUUAAUGAGCCAUUAAACUACUCCUAUAGUCGUAGCUAUGAGACCACACCCGAAUUUGUGGCGGCUGAGGCAUUAUGCCAAGGUCUAUUACGACGGGUUGAUCACUGUUGCUACGAGUUGAUUACCCGCAAAGACUCGACCGCCAUGGAGUAUGCUGCCGCGAAUGGUCCGGAUAAGCCAUUGAGAUACGAAAUUCAGAUCGAUAUCAUCCGAGGUUGGUCUGAGAUAUGGUCUUCCAGGACCUUCAAAUCAUACCAAAAGCAAGCCCUAUCGAAUGAAACCGCAAGAGAUAUCAUCACGUCGACUCAUUACAUAAUAGGACUAUUCUUGAAGCACCACGACCGCGAUUUCGUGAUGAAGGAGGGUUUCGUAAGAGAAGGUCCGCUAGACGAACAUGUGAAGUUCCCACAUCGUGCCGGACGUGUUGAGUCCAUGUCAUGCGUACCGCGCUCCCAUUUCCUCGAGAAAUCGCAAUGUUUCGAGUCGCUACCUGGUUAUUCGAUCAUCUUCUCGUUUACGAGCCGAUGCCAGCGUCGCAAACCGCACGAAUGGCACACGCAAGUCAAAGUCAACAGUGACCAAGCAGCCCCCCUGAAUUCGAUAGGGGCGGAAAACCUAUUCUUCGAAGCCUCUUACGCAUUAGAUGGUGUUUUGAGAUCAGAGAGACAGGAAUUCGAAACGAAGCAUGGAAAGUGCAUCAGCCUAGAUGGCUGUAAAGACUGUCGCCAUCAUGAUAAUGAUGGUUUGGAAUUACAACUGUCAAUCGCUAAUAACCUCGGUCCUCAGUUCCCUCACCUAGAGCGGACUAUACGCUGCAGCAGUAAUCUCUCCUUUCACUCCGACACCGAGAAAUGUAUUGCCUUUGCCAAGAAAGUAGAAACUGCUCUCGCUAAAACUCGCGACGAUACCGACGAGGUCAUCAACCGGAUGAAUGAUCUCGAAUUUAGGAUCAAGGAGCUUCGUGGCCAUGGUUGGUCGCUAGACGAACCACUCGUUUUCACCUUACCUUCCUCCGAAUUUCACACCCGAAGGGAUAUCGAGGCGGUACUGGACCGAAUUCAAGCUAGCGUUGCAGAAAUACUUCGAGGCAACGCUAUCUCUGUUCGAAUGACUGCGCACAAACGAGGCCAUUUUAUCCUGGACAAAACAUUUGUGGCCAGAGAACCUCUCGAGGGAGAGAAGAAGAAGGCCAAGUCAACCGGUAAACCGAAAGAUUACGUCUUGAAACGACUUCGACAGCGCGUUGAGCGAGCCAUUGGUAUGAUUUUCAAAGAUACUCUAACAGUUGAGGACGCGGAAGAGAAGGACGAUUAUAUUGGAAAGGCGCCCUCUAUUUUGGAACCAAGGCCCCUUACUCGCGAUACUCGCGAUGCAGACGCUAGAACAUUUAUAAGUAGACCCGAGACUGCUAAGUCUAUAUCACAGUUUACUAUGGAUCAGCACCAUGACUCUUCACUUCACACUGCGGAUGCAGACACUAGCGUCAUCGCGCCCAGCUCCAGGAGUGUAAUAGAGAGCGAACCCCCGAGGUGCUCUACUCCUACCCCCGAGACGCGUCCGCAAGUACGUUCUGCACCACCGUCUCCUCACCAUCGACCUCCUAUCCCUAUGCGACGAUCAUCAAUGGUCAUAUACUAUUCACAGACAGGUGCUCGAGCCUUUCCGCUAGUACCAUGGGCGCAUAGUUUCGGAGAGCCUGAAGGUUCGGGCGAACGAAAAUCAGAACAUGAUGUAUUUGGUCAGCAGGAAACCAGCAGCUUACUACACAAAUCGUCGACACUGACUUCCGACCAAAGUUUCCUGAAGCCUGGAGGGAAAGAGGGGGUUGUGAUCACAGGAGGCCAAGAGAAUGGAGCAGAGUCGAACCAAGUCUACGAACACUCGAUUGCUUCGACGCCUAGCCUAGUGUUUGGGGGCGAUUCUUCUCCCGGCAGUAGCCUCCUGAUAACCCCCAGGACACAUCGUCUUAGCGUCGAGAUGGAGUAUUCUAAGAACGCCAUUAUCGAUAGCGACGACGAAGACGUUAAAGACUUAGGGAACACGAACGUGGAACCCCAACAAGAUCUGCUUAAAACCCAACUAUUCCGUACGCCAUCUCCACAGCUCACUACAAAACCAGCGAGCUCGUCACCACUUCGCCUGAGCGAAACUAUCCAAGACCAAAGCGGAGACCACCUAGAUACAGGCAAGCCUAGCAUCGAAAAUGAGAAUUCGAAUGAAAUAAGUCUUCCAUCCAACAUCGCCGUAGAUGGAGAGCAGAAGAAGAAUAUUGAGGUAGAAACCUUCGCACAGUCGAAACCAGACUUCACCUUUUCGUCCCCGCCGGCAGCCACUCCAGAAGGUGGCAAUUCAGAAGGCGAAGACAACUUUCAGUCGAGACAAAGGGAGUCUAGCCCAGACCCAUCAGAGGACCUAGACGUGUCGCCGUCCUUAGAGGCUCAACAGCAAGCACGCGGCUCCUUUGGAAGCGCGGGAGUGAUCGGUUUCCACGAGCAGAUGUUCGGCUCGAUCAGCCUGCGCAACGCGCUGAUGCGCCAUCGGCCUAGCUCUAACUUCGACGCCACGGAGCUUGCGCGGGACGACAAGAGACCCGGCACUGCGGUGUAAUAAUAAACAAACAAACAAGCAAGCAAGCAACCCCGUCAAAUUCUUUCACAGAGAGAGCAGUUCGUAAUUUCUUCCCUUUGUAUAGUACUAUGUAUGUAACGGCGCGGCGCAUUUUUAUUUUGUUUUAUUUUGUUUUGUUUUUAGGGUUGGAGUUUAGGAUAUCAUCAGAAGACAAAAAACAUCAUCCCAACAUGUAUGUAUUCUGUCACUUCGCAUAAACAGGAGGAAUAGCAAUUGGAUUGGCAUAUAUACCUCCUCUGGAUAGGAUAAGGCAUAAGGCAAGGUAUAAGGAAACAAAAGAAAAGAAAAGGAAAGGAUAUUAUUUAUAUUACCCUGGGUUAUAUAAGGAAAACACGUCUUUGACGUUUCGAAGAAGAAAAAACAAAGUUGUAUGUAUAUUAUCAUCGUCAUCGUCACCGCAAGACGUAGAUUCUUACCGCAGGGGAAACUCAGGAUUAGAGUAAUCAAUACAAUACAUAGCUAAGGUAUAUUAUUAUAUUUCAGGUA